AUGGCCAACACCAUCCACACUGACGCCCGCAAGGGCUUGCUCACCUCGGACAAGCUAGACAGGUAUCUAGCCGGCGGUGCCAAGAUUGACGACGAAGGACCUGGGGGCUUCACACCCCUCAUGGCCGCAGCCAGGACUGGCCAUCCAGCUGUCGUCGAGCUUCUCCUUAAGAAAGGCGCCGCUCCCAACUUCAAGAGCAGCAACGGCACCACCGCGCUCUAUGGUGCCGCCAAUGCGAGAAACAACAGAGUCGAGGUCGUACGCUUGCUGCUCGACCAUGGCGCCAAGGUUGAUUUAACCAGCCCUGAGGUGGGCAACGAGACCCCUCUCAUGGUGGCCAUCACCCAAGCUCGGGACCCUGCUGUUGUCGGCAUGCUCAUUGAGGCCGGCGCUUCUCUACAGGCCAAGAACAGCAAGGGAGAGACGGCCAAGUCGCUAGCCCAGAUGUCCGGAGUCCCUGCCAUCCAGAAGUAUGCCCUGCCACCUGGCCAGCAGCAGCCAGGCCUCCCGGAGCUCAUCAACCUGCUGGUGAGCUUUGUCCUGUUUGUACUGGCGUACGUGAAUAGCGGCCUCAUAGAGGGCGUCGUCAAAGGCGUCGUGUCCAACCUGUAUCACAUCGGCUCAGCUCAGCCAGAUCAGCAGCUCGCUCAAGUAAGUGAGAUUGGCAACCCCCAGACAGUCGAUGACUUCAAAAAGGGAGUCGAGGACUACGUUAGAGACAGCGACCUCGGCCAGUUCUUCCCCCCUGGUAAUGACUACCUGCAAAAGGUGGCCGAAAAGGCCGUCGAGCUCAAAGACGACCCAAGAAACCACCUCAGGGAGCCGGAGCAGAUCAAAGGACUCGUCAGGAUGGCUCUAUAUCAGCCCGUCUUCUACUGCGACGAUAGCGGUUCUAUGGGUGCUGAAAUCCACGACAACCAAGGCAACGUGGUUGGAACAAGAAUGCAUGCCAUGAGGCAAUUGGUUCAACGCAUGUCCAGCAUCGCAACUCGCCUCGUUCCAGACGGAAAAGGCGCUCACCUGCGCUUCAUCAACAGCGAUUAUCAUGGCAACGACCUCAAAGCUGACCAGAUCGAUGCACAGAUUCAAUUUGAGCCAUCUGGCGGUACGAAUCUCGGAACCAACUUGGAGCAAAAGGUCUUGCAGCCUGUGGUCUACAGUCAACUGGACAAGAAUGGUGUACUUGAGAGGCCGCACCUGAUUCUUACAGUCACAGAUGGAGAACCGAAUCCUGAGGCCAUAGACACGUUCAAGAAGACCAUUGAAGGGUGUGGUAGGCGGCUGGAGAACCACGACUAUCCCCAGGAGUCUGUCAUGUUCCUCAUCAGCCAAGUUGGCGACGACCACGCGGCUGACCAGUUCCUCGACUCCCUCAGCGGUGAUGCGGCUAUUGAUCGCGUUCUCUAUCGUACUUCAGGUUCGUUUCAUCCGUGUUCACACUGGAAGAGAUGA